CAAGGAUAACACACGUACAGGAAACAUCGGAAGAAGCGGUACGUUAUUCUCGGUUUAUCGGCGAAUCGGGUUAUCUGUCCGGGUUAGGUCUGGCUACAUAACCGAGAACGAUUAGCUGGUCUGUUUUAUGCAAUUACUAUUUACGUUUGUUGUUUUAAUAUGCGACGGCGACGAGUUCGGACGUGUUACAGCACCGAUCGUUACGUUUCGAGGAAUCAGGAAGUGUGAAUGAAGAAAAAUACUCCACGGAAAACAUGCGUUUGGUCGAUAAUUCGUUAGUGAGCUGUGUGGACAGCUUGAAACCAUAGCAAUAAUGAUUGAUACGUGCUAUCUUUUGCUCGACUAUGAGUCGUGUAAAGUCGAUAACGUAAUCAGUUCUCUGCACUUCAAAGAACGUAUAUACGUUUCAGAAACGGUGUUGCUGUUAUCGUUAAACAAUCCAGUGCAUCGACGAAACGUAUUUCGCGAUGAAGGCGACAAAUUCAAUAGAGUAGUGUUCGUGAAAACAGAAUUUUAUUCGUGUAAGAUGAAGAAGAGGUUGCUGUUAUGCUUUGUUUGUGCUGUCGUGCUUUUCUUGAUCGUGAUUUCGUCCGACAGUGAUUUUAUUCAAGACUUAUCACCGUUUGUGAAAGUCAGUGAUAUCACGUGUUACGAGGGCGAGAAUGCACCGAACUUUCUUCCGAGGUUUGAUCCGGAUUCAGAAUCCAAAAAAUUUAAAAAGGACCGGAAUAUAUUCUUCCACGAGACGACUUGUUUCGACGGCGAUGGUCUGGUUUUGAACGCACGUCAGGCGUGCGCCGUCGAGUCGGCGGCCAAGAUGAACCCGAACACGAACGUGUAUCUGCUUUUCAUAUCCUCCGCGAGGAUCUCCAAUCAAUCGAGGGAGAUUUUUAAUCAUCUGAAAUCUUAUUCGAACGUUAAGAUCAGAUACAUUCUUCCUGAGGUGUACGUGAAAAAUACACCUUUGGAAUUAUGGUACAAGAGCGGUAUACUACGAAAAAGUCGAUGGCCGACAAGUCACAUGUCGGACAUGCUCAGAUAUUUAACCCUUUGGAAAUACGGAGGAAUAUAUUUGGAUCUGGAUGUUGUUGUCACAACAUCGCUAGAGAGUUUAACGAACUUCGUCGGAGCAGAAGAUUGGUUCGACGUUGCUGCUGGUGUGAUGGGAUUCGAUAUGACGGCACUGGGUCGUCGUGUCGCCGACGCUUGUAUUCGCGAUUUGAAGACACACUUUCGUGGUAAUAUUUGGGGCAACAACGGUCCUGGUGUUAUCACCAGGACUUUGCAAAAUAUUUGCUCUACGAAAUAUGUCCGAGAUAUGACCACCGCUCGCUGUCACGGUUUUAAGGUGUUUCCUCCGUCGACAUUUUACCCGAUUCACUAUAAAAAAUGGAGAAUGUACUUCGAAACAAAGGAUAUGAACGAAACGAUGAAGAUGUUGGAGAAAGCCAUGGUCAUUCACGUUUGGAACAAUCUCAGUAAAUACGAGGAAGUGCGCGUAAACAGUGACGUUCCUUACGCCGUCAUCGCGCGGAAAUAUUGCCCAAAAGUUUUUAAUAAUUGCAGGACGAUAUUUUAAACACUCGAAUGAUUAUUUAUUUAUGCAUCAUUGAACACACAACUUUUACACUUUGCCAAAAUAUUGCUAUUAUUAUCUUUUAAAGGACUACAAAAUUCUAUCGAAGAGAUUUAUUUCUCUCGUCAAACAGCUAUUUGGUAUUUAUUCCACAUCCGUCUUUGUAAAAUAGAAUUACAUCAUCCACGAGGCAUGCAGCAAUUAGCAUCUGUGUUUUCUAGUCUUAAUGAUUUCUACGACCAUGAAUAAAAUCAUUGUACAUAACA